AUGUCGCUAUCUAAUAUCAAAUACGACAGUCAGGAUUCUUCACCAGAUUCGGCUGCCUCCAGUUCAACUGCAGACUUGUUGAAAAUCCUCUCCAAAAGUGAUGUAAUCUUAGAAGACUCACUUUCUGCCUCCGACUUGUCCCUGGAUGCCACAAGAAUACCUUAUAAUGGUCCCAAGGAUGUACAUACUGACCGAUAUGCGACUAAGCGACCACCACGCAAUCGUUCCAUCUCUGGACCAGGCAAAAGUGGAACAAGAAAUCAAGUUAGACCACUCCGGAGGCAUACACUCGAUUCCCUUGAGAAAACAAACUCAGCUGCUCAUCCUGGUUUCGCGCAAUCACUGAAGAGGCAUAUAACUGUAGCCAAACCCUCGUUAUCUACCGUGAACACGAAAUUAGUACGCCAAAGAUCGUGUCCAAGGACAAGAAAAGAUCAGGGUGCUCAGGAGCAGCGAGUGGAUGAUGCAAUCUGUCAUCGCGAAGAUGAAUCAAACACGCCCUCCUAUUCGCUAGAUUUCACCGAUGAUUUGUGCUCACACUCCCGGCCGGAUGAGAUCGAACAGGAUCCUAAUCUGCUGGACAGCAGUUCGAAAAACAGUGACCGGUCGGCCAUCGCGACGAAGGUUGAAGAGCUAACACCGUGGGAAAGGUGGCUAUUACAAAAAGAGAAGAUUCGUCGACAGGAGUUGAAGCGCCUUCGUCAGAAAGAGGCAAAUUUACGUGCGAAACAGGCCCAGGCAGCUGCUUCUCAAGCUGAAAAAGAGCAGCGUUCGUUGGCUAAAUGUAAAGAAUGGCUAGAGUCCAAACAGCGUCUACUCAAGGAGCGAAACGAAGCAGCUGCGAUGGCUCGCAAGGAACAAUUGUUGAAGGAACGGUUCAAAAAAGAAUCUAAGAAAUUGGAGUCUGAGAGAAAAUAUGCACUAUGGUGUGAACAGAAGAAACACGAGGCAAAAGAAACCGCGGAACUAAUUAGACAAAAGGAACUAGCUGCAGCUGCGUCGGCUCAACGACGGAAGGAAGAGGCUAUGGUAAAAUUCGUCGCCUGGAUGAAAUCGGCUCAACAAAGAAAACCAAAUCCACCUGUGUCUUACGGAUACGCGGACGGAACUGUGAUUUGCUAUUUUGACAGAAGUGCCAAUCCAAAACCGAGUUACAUCAAUCCGAAUCCAUGGAUCAGUCCAAUGGAAGGAUGAUCGUUCAAACUUGACAGUGGCGGCUGGUUCCAAUUUCAAUGAUUUCAGUGAUCACAAUGUCUUCGUUGACAUGCCGCAGAAAAACUGCUCCACACGGUAAUGUAAUGUGUACCAAGAUGCUAGUGAGCAUCCAGUGUGAAUAAAACAACGAA